UCUGUGACUUUUUUUAACCCCAAUUUCGGCGAUCGACGGCGAAAUCCGUGAGUUCUCCGUCUACAAGACCCAUUUUUGCGAGUUUGCUAAACGCUUAAGAGAUCGAAAUGGCAACUUGCAAGCAGUUCUCCAGAAUCGAUACUUCUGAGCUCAAAUCUCAGCUGUUCAGGAAGCUUGGCCGCCAAAGAGCAGAGAAGUACUUCUACAACCUCAAGAGAUUACUCAACUCGAGACUCAGUAAAUUGGAGUUUGAGAAAUUGUGCUAUAGUAUUAUUGGGAAGGAAAACAUUGCCCUCCAUAAUUUGUUCAUCAGAUCGAUCCUUAGCAAUGUUUGUCUCGCGCUUGCUCCGCCUAGUAGAGAGACUGUUACUGGAAAUUCACGCACGUCGAAAAUUUCCAGCAUUGGUGAAAGCUUCCCUCCAUCGCCUCGGAGGGGAAGAUCCAUAAACAGCAGGGACCGAAGAUUAGCUGAGCGGUCUAGCCUACUCGGGCCUUAUGGAAAAAUUCCUCCGGGACAUGUUCAAGAAGCGACUAAUUCUUGUGAUUUACAGAGGUCGAGAGAGCAGCAAAGUGCCCCGGAGUUGAUAUCUAUAGGCAGCAAAGCACUAACAUCUGUGGAAGAUGGGGAAGAGGUCGAUCAGUUUCGAUGUAGCCCGAGUGUUCAGAGUAGAAGUCCUUUAAGGCCUCCACUAGGCGUUCCGGCAACUGCUGGCGAUCGCUCUUGCAAGUCUCUUCGUUGUGGCUUGGCAUCAAGCUUUCGAGUCGGUCGGUUGAAUAUUCUCGAGAGCUGUUAUCGUACUUCAGAACUACCAGAUUCAAGGGCCUUGAGGGGUUGGUUGGAACGGAAGUUGCAGGUUCAGGGUCUUGGUUUGUCAGUUGAUUGUGCUAAUGCAUUAAAUCAUGGAAUGGAUGCAUUCUUGAGGAGGUUGAUCAAGCCUUGCGUGGACCUUGCUAAAGCAAGGCGUAGUAGUUCGAAUAGGAUGAAUCGAGCUGAAAGAAGUACUUUGCCUAAUAUGAAAGGUCUAUGGCAAGCGCAAACAUCAAGUGGGUGCUAUUAUACUUCUUCGCAUGAUUUCCAAUUGGCAAUGGACAUGGAUCCUGAUUUACUCGGAGGUGAUUGGCCCCUACAGCUCGAGAGAAUGCGCCUGCAUUUUUCAGAAGGUUGAAAUCUGACUCACUUAUUCAUGGUGAUUCCGAACAAUACAAGUUGAGGAUCCGAUUCCUCUUGAAGCUUUGAAUACUGAUGAAGCAAUAAUAUGCAUCUAAUGUGUUCACAAGAGUGAAAAGGAAAUUCUAGGCAUCUGAAUUUUUAAACCCACCAGCAUCAUGGAACAUGGCAUAAGGGAUAAUGACAUACACCUUCUCCUUUAUAGGUUUGUGCUGAUUUCUUGUGAUAGAUCUUUUUACAUCCUUGUCAAUUAGGCUGUAAAAAUUUAAAUUGGAUAGCAUUUCACAAGAAAUUUUAAGUCCAUAGUGAUUUCGGAGAAUGAGCUAUGCAUGUAAAUGAUAUGUUAAUUUUCACCUGUUGUUUCAUUUUUGAAACUAUACGGGCCAUUCUAUUUUAAUUUAAUGAGAUCAGGAUAUUCACUACAUUUCUAUUGAAUUAUCUAUAACAAUCCUUUUGUAGAAAACUUUCUGUAUUGAAUGAAUUAAAUGAUGAUCAUAGUAAAGUUUAUGAACAUCUUUGACUAUGUUAAAGUCACAUUUGUUUAUAUCAUGACACUACAAAUGCUGAAAGAGGGUUUAACCUAAACGAGACUGCGAUAUUCCAAUGAGUACCAAGUAUCAAUGUUUCUAUUUGUUGACAAAAUAACUUUAGACAGCAUUGAGUUAAGUAGCAGGAUGCAGACUAAAGUGCAUAUUGGGUUGCUGUAGCUGGAUAUGGAGUACUUUCUGCAGCGACCAUUUAAAACAAAGGUAAUAUGAAUUCCAAUAAUCUAGCGUCAUGCCGACACAGUUUUGAAUUGGUAUCAACCUUUUGAUUUCCUACAAUUUAGUUUGGCUGCUGAUAUUAUAACGAGUUCCUUGCAUUUGAUGGGAGUUCUUGCCGCAUCCAAGUGAGAUCAACACAAUCUUUUUGUUUUUGUUUUGCUUCAUUGAUAAGUAGGGUAAAUGAAUCAAAUUGUGAACAAGCUUGGUAUUUAACUUGGUAAAAGCUUAUUUAUGUUUGUUCAAUACGUAUAAGAUCAAUUAAAUGAACAAAUUUGAAUAACUCGUUAAACUAAACAAACAAGUUUGAACACGUGUUCAUCUCAUCAACGUUGGUGAAUAAUGUUUAUCAAUAAAACUUUUAUCAACUUGUUAAAUAAACGAAAAUAAAUUUUCAAAAUGAAUAAACAGAUUUGUAUUAUCAAACUCAAUAACCAACCAAUUUAUCAACUUGUUAAAUAAACGAAAAUAAAUUUUCAAAAUGAAUAAACAGAUUUGUAUUAUCAAACUCAAUAACCAACCAAACAAGCUUAAAAUGUAAAAAUUUCAAACAAUCAAACAAGUUUGAAUUAAGAGUUUGAUAACAUCUAAACGAACAAAGCUCAAGCUAAGUUUGAACCAAGAGCUCAAGCUCAUAAAAAAUGAACCAAGCUAAGCUUGAAUAAUCAUUUUAAUGGCUUGGUUCAUUUUGAGGUCGGCUCGGUUACCUUAUCAAACAAGCUUGAAUAUCAUAAAACUUGAUUUGGCUUUUGUUUACAACCAUAUUGAUAAGUUACUGGAAUACUUAUAUAUCUGGUUUAACUUUAAUACUUCCAUCAAGGUUAUAUUCUUUCUUUUUUAUUUGCUGAUACGGGCAAGAUUAUACCAUCUACUUAGAAAGGUUAUACUCUAAUACAAUAUUAAAGUAUUGUUAAGGUUUUAAAAUUUGCUAGGCACUACUCGAACGUCAGACUAGCGCCUAGAGCAUAGACCACCUAGGCAGGGACUAGGCGCUGCUAAACGGAUUCCACGUUAUCAAUAUAAAUUACAUGGUAAUUAAAACAAAUUAUUUUUCAAUUUUCAAGCGUCAAAUUAAAAUAAAUUAUCUUUCAACUUUAAUGAAUAUUGCGAAUGUAUGAUAAAAUGACGUUUUCAAAGGAUGAGGCUUUGACCAACCUUCAAUUCAGUCCCUUUCAAGUCACUCAAUUGAGGAAAAAUCAAACAACAAAUUUGUCUUCAAAUCGAUUUCUCCAGUCUUUUAAUUCUUUGAUUUCUCCAAAAUAUAGGCUUCUUCAUUCACUCUGAAGAUGAAGUUUAAUGCUAGCUGCUAGGGCUUGCUAACAAAUCAAUUUUCUUGUUGGACCAAAGUUUACGGCUUAUAAAACUUAAGUUCAAUACAAAAAAGGGUUGCAUUUUAUUUUUUUUAAUUGGGCUUUAAAUUUAAAAGUCCAAAUUAAAAAAAAAAUCAUAAAAACCUUACACUAUUUCUAUGGCUCCUAGAGCCGUCUAAUAUUGUCUAGGCUGACCAACUAGCAUGUUUUCAAUGCGGCUAGUUAGCGCCUAGGCCGAUUUUUAGAACACCGAGUAUUGUUCACUUUGAUCAAUAUCCUAUAUGUUAGUUCUCAUGGUUUUUUAUCUCCGGUGAAAUUUUACUCCAAGAUAAGCAUACUUCACUAAAAGUUCUUACGAAGAAGCUAAAUAUUCAGUUCAAAUCUCCUGGUCCACAAUUCCUAAUCCCCUCCCUACAUACUUCGGAUGUCGUUUUUAGUGAAUUCAUCCAAAAAAGUGAAAAUCUAAGAUGCCUCAAUUCCGUGCCUAAAUUAUAAUUUUUUAGCAUUUUUUUACCUUAAAAAUGUAUUUAAUGAGAUAUUUUUCCCAACUU